AUGCGUCCAGCAACGCGAACGUCGCUCGUCGAGUUUCGCUCAAUCCUACUACCGCCAAUUCGCAUUCCGGUUCACGCUCUCGGAGCGUUAUAUCGCCCACAAUGCUCACGGCCGACUCCCAGUGGCGCUCCUCUGCAAUGCCUCACGCAGCGUCGGGGUAUGAAUCUCUACAAGACGGCCAGAUCUAAGACACUGUUGGGACAGCACAAAUCCUUGACUUUCUCAUGGUAUGAGCUAGAGCCUCCAAGUGCAUCACCGAACCGCAUCAACCUCUUUGAGACGGAUAAGCACCAUUCCAAGUAUAAACUGAUAGCGGAGGACGUGUCGUUGCAAGAUGCAUACGAUAAUUAUGUCAAGCCAGGGCAUAUGCUUUACUGCAUGAAGGAAUUGAAAAAGGGCAUGGCAAAGAAGUUUAUGGCUGGGGAACAGGAAGAGGUCUUGAAUGAAUAUAAGAACUUCUCGUUUGCGGAGGCGGGCUCGCACCGGAUUUCAUUGGACAGCCCCCAGAAAGGACGACAACUUGGAGGACUCAAGAACAUUAUUUUCAAUGAGUCGAGUCCAGUCUCCCAUUUCCGGCUGUGCAUGGACCGGGCCUAUCAAUUUAUCAACUUAGGCUCGCCUGUCGAGAUGCGUAUUCGAUUACAGGGCAGUGUAUCCAAAGAAAACAGACUCAUGCCCGGCGACCCGGCCGUCUGGCCGUGGAUGCAUGCCCACUUCCCGCACUUGCGCCCGGAUUUCAUCCUAAAAGAGAUGCCCGAAGGAACCCAGUUUCUCAUCAACCCAGUCAGCGAUGGGCGGGUGUGCCAGUGGGUCAUGGCCAAACCAACGACUGGAUCCAACCAAGACCUGGAUGGGCGAUUUGAGAAGGUUCAGAAAGGCGUGAUAAAUUCAAUUAGGAAGGGAGUGCAGGAGAUGCUGCCACAGCGAAUGCGACUUCUAUUGGCCGAGGGUGGAAACGUGAAUUACUCGCCCAACACGGGCAUGCCGAGAUCAAAGGCAAGGGCAAAAUAUAGCAAGGGUGGAGAUGUCACAUAUGGGGCUGAGGAGAAGAAGCAUCUGGCCAAGGACGCGGAGACGUAUAGGUUCCUGCAGCCCGAUGAUGAUGGUGAGUUCAGGCCCAGGUACAGGCACAACAAGCAAGAGGACAGGCCGUCGCCGGAGCGCAAACAUCGAUGGCUAGGACGAGGCAGCAGGCGGUGA